AAGAAAUUUACCCUAAAUUUAAGAGAAACUCUUAUUCACCAAAGGAGGAAUUCGAAGGAAUCGACCUCACCUCCUCCCUCAUUCGAACGCCAGCAGCGGCGGUAACAUUCUCCGAUCCCCACCUCCAAUCUCUCUCACCCUCUUUUCCUUCCGUUUCCUCGAAUUUCACGAAGGUCACUGUUCAUCGCCUUCUUCGUUGAACAGCGGCGGCGUUCUCUCUUCUCUCAUCGGUAUCCCUCCAUCGUUCCCCACUCUCUCUUUUCCUUUUCUGUUUUCGUUUUUUUUUUUUCUUUUUAAUUUUCUUCCCGUCGGUAUUUCGCCCCCUGCAACUCUGGUCGCCGCCAAUCUCUCUGAAAAAACAGGAUAUCUAACUGGUGGCGAGGCUCUCCUUUUCUACUAGAUCUGGGGACAGGUCCGUCUUAUCCGGCAUCUUUCCGCCCUUCUCGUUCUUUUUCCGAUGGGUCCCUGGUUGUAACAUACCAAUUUUAACACUGUUGAGCCUGUUAGGGGCAAGUUGAGUGCAUAAACCAUUAGUUUGCAAUGCUGUUCUGAAUGCUGUGAUGGUCCAACACAAAAGGAUGUUUUCAAUCGUCAAUUAUGCUCUUUCUGUUGCUCGGAAUAGAUGUUUAAUCUGCAACUGGAGGAUGGCUUCUUAAUGCCGAGCUUUGUUACAUUUGAGUAAUUGUUGAAUAUUGUUUCUUCAUACUGUUCCUUGAUUGAAAGUGUAAUGGGUAUGCCAUGAUCCAUGAGAAAUAUUUGCUUCACUGGGAGAUGAGCGGACAUGAGUAGGUUGUCAUUCAGGCCUCGUCCUCUAGACAUUCAUAAAAAGAUUCAAAUUGUUAAAUCUAUUAAAGACUUUGAAGAUGAGGAGGCGACAACUUCUACACGUAAUUCACAGUUACUUCGUUUUGCUGCAGAGGCUGAUAAUGAGGUACAACAAACUUCUAACAAGAAAAGUGCCCCUGAAAUACCGAUCCCACAGUUUGUUGUUGUUGAUACUUAUGAACGAGAUUAUUCCCGCACCUUCACUCAACCAACAUCUUAUUUGCGUGGAAGAGGAGCUCGGGCUGAGCUUGGAGAGUUUAUUGAGUAUGACCUAGACAAUGAGGAUGAGGAUUGGAUCCAAGAGUUCAACAAUGAAAAGAAGAUUCUUACACCUGAAAAGUUCGAGGCUCUUCUUUUCAAAUUGGAGGUUUUGGAUCACAAGGCCCGGGAAAGAGCAGGGAUCAUAAUGCCUACUCUUGGUUCGCCUGUCCCAGUUCUUUUACAAUUGGAUUCUGCAGUUGAGGCAUUGCAGUCUCAUUCUGUAAAGUAUGCAGUACUGCAAUCUGUAUAUAACUACUGGAAGACAAAGCGAGAACGGUGGCAAAAGCCUAUUCUACGCCGCUUGCAGCCACCUCCACCAGUUAAUGACACCAAUCCGUACAAUGUAUUUAGACCAAGGGAGAAAGCACACAGACUCCACACAAGAAGGAUGCAAAGGAGAGAAAACAAUGUGCAGUCAUUUGAAAAGCUUCGUAAGGUCAGGCGCAACUUGGACCAGGCGAAGACAGUGUUGGAGGCUUUGGUUAAGAGGGAAGAGAAAAAAAGAGAGGUCAUGGAAUGUGAAGUUAACCUUCAGCGUAAUCAAAUGAAAUAUAAAGAUCCUCUUGAGCCAGUUUUCUUGUUCACAAGACCUCUAGAUCCUGGAAAAUUUGCUGCUGCAGGCAUUGCACCACCAACUCCUCCAGUUGAUAAUGAGACAUCUAAACUGCGAUACCGUUUUCAUGGAAGAAUUGGUCGUGGAGGGCGGAUAGUAUUUGAUCGAUGGAACCAUCUCCUGAGAUCUCCAAGUAGCCAUGAUAACUCAUGUAUCCCACCAAAUCCCAGGCCUCUACCACACUUGGUCGAGAAAUAGUUCUUCCCACUUUCCUUCAUGUUUCGGUACAGGUGAAUCUGGACCUAGAAAAUCUCAAUGGAAAUGGAAUCUCUUUGUUUUGGGAUGCUACAGUGGGGCUGGCAUAAUUACAGAACUUUGGAGGCCUGGUCCGGGUAUGUCUUUACAAGUGGUGGCAAAGCCACUUCCACGACCAAGCUUGUAGAAAUGGAUGUAUCUUGCUUGGCAUGCUUUUUCCAGGCGAUGUGGGUAGUUUGAAAAGUUAACGAGUCUGCCCGGACUUGCCCUAGCCCGUCAUUUGUACAAUUAUUGCCAUCUUGCUAAUAUAACUCAGCUUCAUGGUCUUACAUUGUGGGUCUUUCUCUCUCUCUCUCUCUCAAUCUUUCUUGCAAGUGUGUAUAUGUGUAUGCACUCUUUGCUAUCUCUCUAUCUUGCAAGUGUGUAUGUGUGUAUGCACUCUUGCUAUCUCUCUAUCUUGCAAGUGUGUAUGUGUGUAUGCACUCUUGCUAUCUCUCUAUCUGCCAUUUGCAUGGGAUUUUUCUAAACGUGGGCACUGCAGCAAACAGGAAAGUUCCCUAGAUCCUCUGCCUAUCGAUAUGCAAAUGUAUCAUGCCAUGCACGAUUUAUCCUAUUGUUUAACCAACUUGUUUGAUGCCA